CAUACUUGCAGACCUUUUGAAAAGAUUUCAUUGUCAAACUACAAGUUAUGGAGGACCCUUCAAAAUUUGAGCGAUAUGUGUACAAAAAUGCAUCAGUUUACCAUUAUAUGAAGAUAUCUCUGGUUUUGGAAAAUGGAAACAAAUAUAUUACUGAUGCACAGUUCAAACAAUUGAUCAUCUGUGGACUUAAAGACCUGUACGGAGAGGUUGGAGCUUCUUUUCCAUUUGAUUUGCUUAAGUAUGAUCAGAACAAACUGACCGGGAUACUGAGAGUGUACAACAGCGGGCUGGUGAAAUUGUGGAGUGCAUUAACGUUACUGGGAUCAUAUCAGAAUGAGGCUUGUGCAUUCAGAGUCCUGCAGGUGUCGCCGUUUAUACUAGCAUUGUCUGGGAAUAGCCGUGAGCUGCAGUUUGGAGACCAAUUCACACUGUGAGUAGGGCACAGGUCGCUUUCCGUGGGUGAACGGGCCUCGCUAAACAAAACAUUCAGUGCCAGAGAUGUCGCACUUUUUGCUGAGCUGACGGGGGACACAAAUCCUCUCCACCUCGACCCC